GGCAACACCCUUUCUGAUGGGACUUCCGCCUUUAUUGCUUUAAAGUGGAAGGAGGCGUGGCUAAAUAGGGCAGCUGCAGUUAUUCAGCUAAUUAAACUAAAUUUCUUGCUGUCACUAUCCUUAUCGGACCGGAGUGAAAACUGUAGGAGCACCGCUAGCCGGUUCUAGGCUCUUCUUUUCCAAAUAGCAAUUAAAAGCGCUAGACUCAUCAGAUGAAGCAACGUCAGGGAGAAAAAGAACUGACACGUAACGAGGAAAACUGACACGUAACGUAGCUGCGUCGGAAGGUUGUGGCAACUUCUUUUGUGCUCUGGAAGAAGCAGGAGUCAAUUAACAGGUCUGGUUCGGAUCUCAAUCUUAGGACCUGGGGAAAAUGGGAGCAGCAUGAUUCACGUUGGCCUCUGAGACGGAAACCGGAAAAGCCAGAGCGGACCAGAAGGAAACCUUUUACUCUUCGGUAACUAUUAAACAAAUCUUUCCUGUCCUUUGAAUUUUCCUCUCCGAAAAAGCCAUUUGUGCACAUCAUUAUAGCAAGAGCCUUCUUUCAUUGCAAGCCUCGUUUCCUCUGUUUUACCUUUUACCUUGUAAAGCCAUUGUCUCUGCUCCUCUACACAUACACAGUGUAACUGUGAAGAUGUCCCUGCAAUAUAUCAAGGAUCAAAAAGGUAAGGAUCAGCUGCUUUAUAAAGGAUAUCUGUAUAAGAAAGUGCGUGCCAGCGGGAACAAAACGUUUUGGAAGUGUGCUGAAUACCACAAGUACUGUUGUACCGGGAGGGCUCAUACAAGCCAUGACCAAGUUAUAAAGUGUUUGCCACAUCUUCACCCGCCCACGAGGACACCCAUAGAAGCUGACCAAGUGCCAUAUGGCAUGAAAGAAAUUACCACUGGCCCAGAAUCAAUACCUAAAGUGACCACAGCAAGUUGUGAUGCAUUGUCAAAAGUUGGUACCAAGAAAUGGUGUACAGACCACCCAAGUCAGACAAUUCAGCGCUUGAGAGCAUGUUUGAAGGCCACCCGCCAACCUUCACCUGAUUUACAGGCAUCAGUCACUGUGGUUGAAACAACUAUUAAAGAGCCAAGUGUGUCAUCCGCUCUAAAAUCUCCUGGCUUUCAUAAGUUCACAGACAGCUCCACAGACAGAACUUCCAUGCCAAAUCCUGCUCUUUGUAAAAAGAAACAUGCUUUGGAUUCAGCUUCAGCCCAGGCUAAUCGGGAAGCCGGUCGGCAGAGAUUCCGCCUGUCCACCAUCCUGCCUGGAGAAACCCUCCAGGAGAUUCUAUCCGGGUUGAGCACAGCAGCUCUGCAGUGGCUCUGUCCUCAGGAGCACAGCAAGGACCAGAUUGUGGACAUGGUUAUCCUGGAACAGUUCCUCAGUGUGCUCCCAGUGGACAUGCAGACAUGGCUGAAGGCCCAGGAGCCAGGCAGCAGCAAGGAGGCAGUUCAGCUCGCCAUGGCCUAUCAUGAACAGGAACCUAACAAGCCUAUUCAGGAUCUGAUAACCUUUGAAGAUGUAUCUGUUCAUUUCACUGAGGAAGAAUGGGCUCUACUGGGCCAUAAAGAAAAAAACCUUUACUGGAAUGUCAUGCAUCAGAAUUAUGAUAAUGUGUCCUGGCUGGCAGGUGAUCAGAUCAAAGGCAAAAGCCAAGAAGAAGAUCCUUUGCAGGAAGUCUUUGAUCCAGUGGUGGAGUGGCUGGAAGAAUCCAAGACGACAAUUUUACAACAUCCUGAACAAGACUUGAAUAAGAACUGUCCAAAGAACCAGCAAAAGGGAAGCUCAGAGAGAGAAGAAAUAUUCAUUCAUUCUAAAAGAAGGGGACCAAGCAGGGACAUUAUUCUUCUAGGCACUGAAGUAGGGCUGCAGAGUCAAUGCAUUGAUUAUGAAGAAUGUGGUACAUUUGCAAUACCUAUCAGUGGUCAGAAAAGCCUGAAUGAGGAAGGUCUUCCAGGCUCACAUGAAAUAUUCAAUAAGACAAAUCCCCAGAAACUUAAGCAAAAUUUAAUCAGAGAGGAUCAGAAUGAUGUAGAGAGGCAACAGUCAGAAGAUAAGUCCGUUCUUUUUAGAAGCCAUUGGAGGAAUCCCAUCCAUCAUGAAACUAGAACAAGUCAGGAUGCCAUGUGCGCAAUUGUUGACGAUACAGAACAAGCUGAGCCCUUAAUACUUGACAAUAAUCCAAAAAUCAGCAACGGGGGAGAUUUCAAAUAUGUGGAUAAGUCACUGGAAAUGUUUGUGGAAAGAGUUUCUCAAAGUCCUGAUCCUGAUCCAAUGCUCAUUUGCUCAAAAAUAUGUUCUACUGAGUUGAAUGUGACUGCAGAUUUGACCAGUGAAAACCAGAACAUUCUGGAAAGUUGCCAUCCUAAUAGCUCAGGAAAUGAAGGAGGGCUGGAGAAACUCAGUUCUUUUGGAAGUGUUUUACAGGAACCAGGAACACACAUUCUUCAUUCAGACGCUCAGCAAGACUCAGGGGCCCAGUAUAGAUAUACCAAUCAUGGUAAUGAAGAUGACGUCUCCAAAAUCAGCCUUGGGGGUCAGUUGAUUACAUGUUCUAAGUGUAAACAUUCAGAUCCUUUCAAACAGUAUGUCUGCUCUGAUCCUGGGGAAAGCAUCAGUAGCCUUUCAGCAUUAAUAAAACACAGAAGAGUUGACAGGAAAUAUUUCAGCGGGAGAAAUUUGAAACUCAAAUCUGGAGCACAUCGUAGAAAUCACACAAGAAAUAAUCUCCAGAAACGCUUGAAUAGGGACAACUGGUGGUAUUAUAAACAAAACAAAAGCUGGCUUUUUGAAUCAGGAAUUGGUCUAAAGCAAUCCCCAAAGAUUGACCCCUUAACACUCAACACCCAAACCGGUGAAGUGUUGUACCUGGCUAUGGAAAUCAUAAGGAGGUUUUCUACAACUGGAUUUUUCUCUUCAAGUUCCCCCCAAAUAGAACAACAGGAAAGAUCUUUUUCUCUUCCCUUUCUAGACAAAAUGGCUACUGAGCCCACCUUAAGCCAGUUAAUGACUAUGCUUCAGCAGGUGGCUGCUAAUAUUGCAGAAAUCAAGGCAGCCGUCUCCAGCCUGCAUUCCACUGUAACUGGCCUCCAGAAUGACCUCAGGAAUUUCUCUGGAUGUACAGAUGAAGCUGAAGGUGAGAUUUCUGAUUUGGAAGACCCCUUCCAAAACACCGAAGCUCAGCGUGUGCAGCCUUGUAAUGAUAUUAAAGCCACUGAAGUCAAACAGGUGGGAAAGGCCAUCCAGACCAAUAUUAGAGCUGGACUGUGGUCAUCACUGAAAGUUGAAAAAGGUGCAAACUCUCCAGAUCUGUCCCCCAACUCAUGAGUCAGGAGGUUUUGUUUUGGCUUGGAGACAAGGUUAAAUUCCAAAACUGGCAGAAUAUAGAUCUAUAGAGUUGGAAGGAGCCAUUUCUGGAAGUAGCACUCAUUUAUAGUAACAUUCAUAGAAAACUUUUGAAAACUACAGAAUGAAGCAGUGGUGAUCAUAGUAAAAAUAAAAUGUUUCUAUAGGGAUGAUUAUGAGAUUGAGGGUGGAAAAAGAGGUUUAAACAGUUUGCUAUAAUCCCCAUAUCCAGAAACAAAUAAGGUGGUGGUCUACUAGUCUUCUAUCACCAAAAGUAUAAUAUGGUGAGAAAUAGCUCUCAGAAAGAUAGCCAUCUCCCUUUUCCUCUGGGAAAAGAUUAUGCAAGUAGAGAGAAGCAAAAUAGUGGUUAAAAAGGUGGACCCUUUUUAGAAGGGAAGGAAGGGAAAGGAAGCUCUUUAAAUAUGAAUUAUGUAUUGCGAGGGAGUUGUCUACCUUCUUAGCUUACCCAAUGUAAGUUUCUUUUAAGCAUAAUGUUCUUGCAGCUUAUGUGUUAACCAAAAUACUUUUGAAAAUAGGAUACUGUCUCUGCAUGUACAUACAAUCAGAUACAUCAUUUUGAGUGGCAACUCUAUGCACUCUUACUUGUGAAUAAGCAUUAGGUUUACUGGCACGUAUUUUCUUGUAAACGUGCGUUAUUAUUCAAUUUUUAAAUUCCAACAGGAAAUUUAAAAAAAGAGGCUCAGUGAUUUGUGGAGGGCAGGAGGGGGAAAUGCUUCUCAUUUUCUCCAUUGUGUAUCUAAUCCCUCAGCUUCUCCAUCUCAGAGGUUUUACCAUAUAUUAUGAAGAUUCCCCUGAGCUGAGCACAAUUCCUGAUUAUAGGAAUGUGCUUUUCUUGGGAAUUGUACACAGUGGUUUGCUCCUGCCUUCUUCUGGGAUAUUUGUUCAACUUCCCCACCUAGAAUAUAGCCCUGGGGUUUGGGGUAGCCUUCCACCCAAGCACCAUCAGCCAAGGUCAGCUCAAGGCUGCCAUCUAGCUAAAAGGAAACUGUAUGGACUAAUUUGGUGUGUAGCCCAAUUCUAGCAGUGGCCAGGCAAGUCCACCUGUUUACGGGCAUCUUACAAGCAGGCCAUGGCUUGAAGGAAAGAGUCCUCUCUCAGAAUCUGUCUCCAUGACUUUAUAGACAGAAACUGCCUUUGACCACAAUGGUUCCAUUUAGGAAACAGGUUUUUAUAGCUUUAUCUUCAUGAAUGGGUCAAAACCCCUUUGAAUUCCAGCUAAACAGCCUGGAAGCCAGCACCUCUGACAGCAGUUCUGCAACGUCUUCCUGAGCCUGGCUCUCGGAUCAACAUUUUUCAUUUCAUAAUCUGAGCCCUUAGAGAAAUUAAGAGGGACAUUUUAGAGAGCGCCUUCCCACCCAUGUGCCCACAGUGGCAUGCUGCCUCCCAGAAAUAUGCCUGGCCCUGAUUCUUUUCAGUGUCAGCCAGAGAAGGCUAUAUUACCCCAGGCAUUUUGAACAAUUAAUGUGUUAAUUUUAAACGUAUUUGCUGCUCAGAAACUUUAUUAUUUGGGCUGCUGCUUUUAUUGUAUUACUAUUUUAUAUCAUUUUACUGUUAUGCAUUUUAGUUAUUCCCUUUUUAAUGUAUAUUUUGAUGGCUCAGAGUUUAAUUUGGUGAUUUUAAGGUAAACAGUAAACAGUAAGGUAUCCAAAUUGACAGAACAUGGCUGGCCAAAUCUGAGUUUAAAAACUAAGCAGAAUCUGCCCGGGUAGUACUUGGAUGUGAGAUCUCUAGGAAACAACAGGCUUGAAUGGAAAGUCAAAAACUUCCCAGAAAAAAGCAGCAAUGUUUUUGCUGCCAAAAAAAACCCCUGUAUGAACAUGUCCAUGAACUCAAAUGCCACCCUGGGAAAACUUGGUUUUCAACAGUGGGAUAUACAUUUCAAAUAUGAAAUUAAAAAAGAGAAGGGAUUGUAUCAAUGUACUGACAGUCAUUUUUCCCCCUGCCCCUCCAGUAUUUGACACAACUUCUCUCCCAUUCCAUAAAAAUCAGUCUAGGACAAGAUGAUACUGGUAGUCCUCGUUUAGUGACUGCCUCAUUUAGCAAUUGCUCGCAGUUAUGAUGGUGAUGAAAAAGUAACUUUACGA